AUGCUGUACACGGACAACGAAAAGGUGCUCUGCUUCCACGGUCCGCUCAUCUACUCGGCCAAGAUCCUCAAGGCUGAGAAGUGGACUGGCGACGACAAUGUGACGCAGCAAGUGGGACCGCACUACCUCGUUCACUACGAUGGAUGGAAGAAGACAUGGGAUGAAUGGGUGCCCGAGACGCGCUUGCUCAAGUACAACGACGAGAAUCUCGCCCGCAAGGCGUUGCUGCAGGAGCAGGCCAAGUCGGGCUCUCUCACAUCGUCCGCUUCAGGGUCGACGGCUAGCAAAGAGGUGACCACAAGUGGAAAGCGCGGCAGGGACUCGGAUGCGCAUGCGGGUGGAGACAGGAAGGGUGGUCGCGGAAGCAAGCGCAGCAGGGACACGGUAGAGGCCGAGGAGGACUUUCUCAAGCGACCCGAGGUCAAGAUCUCGCUUCCAGACGAACUCAAGUUGCAACUCGUCGAUGAUUGGGAGAACAUCACCAAGAAGGGAGAGCUCGUUCCUUUGCCACGGAAGCCUUGCGUCAAGGACAUACUCGAAGAUUACAAAAAGCAAUACCUCGCCUCGGCCGCAAAACGUGGCGCGGAAGGUGGUAAGCAGAGAAGUCCGCAGGUGGUGGAGGAGGUCUUGAAGGGAUUGAAGCUAUACUUUGACCGCAGCCUGGGGCAGAAUCUGCUGUACAGAUUCGAAAGGGCGCAGUACGUCGAAUAUAGGAAGAAGAACGGACCCAAGAUGGGAGACGGCGACGUGGGCAACGCGCGGACGGGCAACGGAAGCAUGGGCGGCGAUAUGGAGCCGAGCGACGUGUACGGCGCAGAGCAUCUGUUGAGGCUCUUCGUCAACCUGCCUAUGAUCAUCGUUCACACCUCGAUGGAUGCCGAGUCCAUCAGCCUCCUCAAGGAGCAUCUCGCGGAGUUUCUUUCUUACAUCGCAAGGGAGAAGCACCGCCUCUUUGUACGAGAGUACGAAGCCGCAUCUCCGGCGUAUCAUCGCAUCAGCUCUACAUGA